AUGUACGGCUUGGCCUUGAAGCGGCUCAACGAAGCAUUGUCAGACCCAUUACAAUACGCCAGUGACGAGAUCAUCGUCGCCGUCGCCACCUUGGCCAUUUCCGAGUGUCUGGUGCCGAGCGGCAAGAACAACUACCUGAACCAUAUGAUGGGACUGCAGAAACUCCUAGAUCUCCAAGAUCCGGGGACUUUCUGGCCCCAGUGGAAGAGUGCCAUGAGAGUUGGCGCUUCGCCAAAAGACUUGCAGGAACAGGACUUGUACGAUGUUCUGGCAGACUGCACGGUCCUUUUGGAGAAGCGAGAGGGUAUAUUAGCGACUUGGGACCUUGAUGCUGCAACAGCCACGCAGCAGGUGCGCGAAGUCGAAGACCAUGGUUGUGCUCUCUACGCUCAGCUCUACAACUGGAGAAAAAGAUGGAAUGCCGAAACGGCGAGGGGAGCAUCUGGAACUUGCACAAUCUUUUCCGGUGUCAUAUCGACGAGUAACUCACCAGGAAGUGACUCUGCAACAUCCCUGAUCAGUGGGGACGUUCUGAGCCGCAAAAUGGUAGUUGAGCUGGUACUGUUCGACCUCGCCCUCCUGACGCUAAUGCAUACACUUGCCUCACUGCCUUGCGAGGCACUGCAUGGCCCACAGAACGGUGCCAAAUCCCUGACGGAGUAUUAUGCUUCACAGGAACGACGUGCAGCGUUGGAAACUUGUCGCUGCAUUCGCUCCUACGUGGAGGGAGGUCAGUGUCUGGAUGCGAGCGUCCCGCCGAUACUGCACUGGGCUAUAGUCACUGCCAUGAAGAGCCUCCACCAUGACACAUCCGUGGAAGCUGCCUGGCUCAGGGAGCUGGUGACUUCGAAGGGAAAGCAGGUGGUUGAAGGCGGGCUUUGGAAGACUUAUCAGUGGCUUAGUUCUCUCACUGAGUAG